GAGAGAAAGAGAGACGAGCGUAGCAUACCGAAGUUUAAAUCUGAUCCUGACAUGUCGGGCUACCGCUUCAAGGACGUAGCUCGUUGUCGCCUCGAGAGUCUUCCCGAUCGAGAAUCGACGACCUCGUUCGUUUGAACGGCGAAUCGAGAGACGUUGUCACGUCCACCGACAAGACUGAUAAUCUGUGUAAUGCAGCGCGCAAAGGCGACGACCUUCCGUCCCGAUUCAAGCUGCUCGAUCUUUUCACAAUAACGGCGAAAAUGUUCGGCAAGGUGCCACCGUCGAACACACCUGGACCGCCUUCGAACGAUGGAACGUUGGUCAAGUCGUGCGCCAGACCCAGUGGAACCGCGUGUUUGCCGUGUUUCUCGGUCGACGAGACGCCAGCCACGCUCACCGAGGAAAAGUCGAAACCUUGGAGGCCGAAAGACCACUCUAUGCCCGUAGUCUCCGAGGCACCCUCUACGGGAAUAGAGGACAAGCAGAAGCUCUGGAGAUCGAAGGAAAACUGCAACUCCUCCGUCAUCUUCGAUCCACCUUGUAUCACCGAUGACAACUCGAAACCGAAGAGAGCGAAGGAAGGAUCGUGCUCCAUGAACGAGUAUCCGACUCUCACGGACGACAAGACGAAAACCUGGAGAUCUAAGGAGAAUUGCAACGUUAGCGCGGUACCCGAUGUAGCUACCUCGAUCGAGGAGAAAUCGAAAGUAAGGAGAUGCAAGGAAACGUGUACGUCCUCCGAGUGUCUGGACGAUAAAAAACUUCGAAGGUCAACGAAGGAGUCCAGCGGUUCGUUGACGGUGGAGCCAGUUUCCGUCGAUCUAUAUGGUAGUUCGCAAACUCCUAGCUCCACGUCUAAUUUCUCCCAAACGUCGAUCUCGUUCGUCGAGGUGAACAGACCUAGCAGGACCGAGUCGACUGGCUGCUCGGUCGCGAAGAACUCCUGCUCCAAAUACUCGGCCAAGGAGAUUCCUGGCCACGGAAGAAGUCACACGGUGGCGAAGGCGACGAGCGUCGCGUCGAACUUGGCCGCUCGCAAGUGCACGUCCAAUUCUAAUUGUACGAGCUACGGGAAAUCUUCGAGUUGCGCGUCGACCAGCGCCACGAAAUCGCAGAGGGUGUUUGGUUCCAUUAGUCUGAGCAGUUUGAACGUCGACACCGGCUCGAGAGACUCGUUGAAGUUGGCAAAAAAGCACGUCGGUCCGAACCGCGAUUUUCUCGCUGGUAAAGAGCAACAUUUACCCGGAGGAAAGUCUAUUUCCAGAGAGACGCAGAGGAGUGUCGCGCAGGCUGCACCAUCGGCGGCAAGCAAACAAUCUACCGCGAAGCCUUCGGAUGCAGGACAUACGGUGUCGAACGGGAAGAGUCGACCCGUCUCGGAGUCUAACAGCGAGCUAGGUGACUCACCGAUGGACUUCACCGCGAUUUCUAUGAUUCAGUCGACCGAUGAAUCUUGCCAGAAGUCGUCCGCGAAGUCGUACGCUGCCAGCAAUGAUACGAUGGAGUUGGUGGUUUCGGCAACUUCGUCGUCGUCGGGCGCUUACGAGCAACGAAAUUGCAGAGGGGAUUUUACCACGUCCACACCGUCGAAGGACUGGAUGAAAUCCAACGGCGACGCGUUGCAAAGUUGCAUUUCCUGUUUGCCGCAAGAUCUUCCAACGGAGCUUCAGUCUUCGCCCCGGAGUUACAGGGAACGAGAAAAGUGCCGUGAUCCAUGGCGACCCACCGAAAUGGAAAGCAAUAUCUGCAACCUGAAUGUGUGUCCUAGUGAUACGUAUCAGGAUACCGGCUCGAAAAGGAGAACAGGUGCUUCCUGCCAGGCGUUGAGGCAUGCGGUUGCCUCGUUGAACCGAUUGGAUGACUUUUAUAUGGAGAAGAUCGGUGCCGGAUUCUUUUCGGAAGUGUUCAAGGUUACCCACAAAGUGACGAGUCAGGUGAUGGUCCUGAAGAUGAACCAGCUGCCUGCGAAUAGGCCAAACAUGCUGAAAGAAGUUCAACUGAUGAACAAGCUCAGCCAUCCGAACAUACUCAGGUUCAUGGGAGUCUGUGUACACGAGGGUCAACUGCACGCCCUCACAGAGUACAUAAACGGCGGUAGCUUGGAACAGUUGAUCAUGUCGAGGCACACGCCUCUACCCCAUCCGAUCAGGAUGAAUCUGGCGAGAGACGUGGCACGGGGCAUGACCUACCUCCACAGUCGUGGAGUCUUUCAUCGGGAUCUCACGUCGAAGAACGUGCUGAUCAAGAAGGACGAAAGUACGUCGGAAAUGACCGCCGUGGUGGGCGAUUUUGGGCUGGCAGCGAAGAUCCCGGAUCCCAGUUCCGGAUACAGGCUGAGCACCGUAGGCAGUCCCUAUUGGAUGUCACCGGAAUGUCUGAAGGGUCAAUGGUACGAUCACAGGUCGGACGUUUUCUCGUUCGGUAUAGUGGUCUGCGAGCUGAUCGGCCGCGUGCCGGCCGAUCCGGACGUUCUACCACGGUCAGAUAACUUUGGCCUCGAUUACCUGGCCGUGGCAGAGAUCUGCGCGGCAGCUGAUCCGCCGCCAGCCUUUCUGCAGCUUGCCUUCAAUUGUUGCACCUACGAGCCAAAAUCAAGACCGACCUUCCACGAGAUUACCUGCAGCCUGGACACUAUGAUCAGCAACUACGAGGAGGAAUCGAAGAACAAUAUCGGUAAACGUCAGUCCGUGGAUCCUGCCCUCAUGUCCAGCAUGGACGAGAUCACUCGAGAAGGACGACCGACGAAGCGCAAGACUGCUCGUCUGCGGAGUCAAUCGGCGGACGCGAGAGGUUGCGACAACGCAACGCCCUCCGACAAGGCUAGGUGUCAUUCCGUGAGAAGGGUAGCGGAACUGGCCAGCAGGAGGGACCCGCAUUACAGGCCUAUGACGGCGAAUCCGUUCCACGCGUUGGGUGGCGUGAAGAAAAUCCUUGGCAAUUUGUUCUCCAGCUGCUUGGAGCUUCCGUCUCUGGAGGAUGUCAGGCCAAGCGUCACAGAUGCUAUCGCCAAGUUCAAGCCCGCGCAGAACGACAGUAUCGCGAAGAUCUUGGACAGAAAGAAACCAAACUCGGAACCGAGCAGUCCGACCGCCAGGAAGAAAUGGGAGAGAAAGGUGGCUACAAAGGCGGGCGCUGCCAGCUUGUUCACCCAUCCGCUUUUCCGAGACGGAUGGGAGCCAAGAAGGCGAGGUAGCUGUGAGUCGGGUUUUUGGAGCUGCGUCGGCGAAGAUCUCAGCCCGGAGCCACCAAAUCGUCGACACACCUCCACCUUGAGCAGCUCCGCGGCAAGCAGCUUGUUUUUAUUGGACGACCAUCGAACCAGCUCGAUCUACACCGACUCGUCCGAAGAUAUAGCGAGCUUAGGAGGUGGCGACUCCUGUUGGGAGGAUAGAUUAAGCGGUAUCGGGUCUUCCAGUAAAACCAUUUCCAAGAUCGUCGAGUAUUUCGAGAGGAAGCAAGCAGGUAGUUUGCGACUUGCCGAUCACGAUGCCAGCUCUAGUAGGUUAACGUUCUUGAAAGCAAAUUUAGAGGGUCCCGUUCCAUUAUGCAGUAUCUCAGCCGCGCAAAGGUUAGUCGUUUGCGAAGGUGCGGUACGCAGCAAAUUGCCCUUGUUUGACAAAAAGUGAUACGCAUCACUCGCACGUCGUACAGCAGUUCGUUCCAUAGGGUUUCUUGGUUUUUUACCGAUGUUUCUGGACCGCGUGAAAGCGCCUACACAGAGAAACGCUUCGACCCGAUUUGCUCCACGUGGAACAGCGAUGGCUAUGUCGAUGCGACAAAGAUAUUGAAAAAGAGUAGCGGGUCGGUGGAAAGUAGGGUCGAACGACGAAAGUAGUCGCGCGCGAAAGAAGAGCUAGAAGAUCGAAGAACGAUUAUAUUUUUAUCGGACUUUGAGAUCGAAGCGGUUAAAGUUGGAACAGGGUCAGUAUUAACCAGAUUCGAAUAUCUGGUUCAAGUUCAAUGAAAAUAUAGUCGAGUAGGAGUUCAGCGGACACUUCUCUAAAAUCUAGUAACCCGACUGUGAUGUUUUUUGAUAAUCUACAUACAUUAUUGACCCAUACUGCUAUGUUUGAAGCUGUCGGCGCGAGUUUCCUCUUCCGCGUGCGACGAUCGUUACAUAUUUCUCACCGCGUUAGUGCACUUUAAAAAAAAAAAAAACUUUAUACUCGAUACAAUAGCUGGUAAAUUUUAAAAGAAGGUUCUUUCACUUUACACAUGCCACAGGAUAUGUCAAUAGUAUUUUGCAUGAAAAUGAAACGUUUCUUGCGUUGUAGUUUGGAAUAUUUAGGAAUUUUCAAACACCAUCAACCUAUUUUCCUCGGACGUGCAAUUUAAUAGAAGGAGAUGAAGAAGUUAACGGUUCAGAGGAUCGAAAGAAGCAAUACACGUUUCAUUUUGAGACUGCGGCGAUCCAAUGCCAGUAGAAACGCUGCUCAUGUUCUUACCUUUUGCAGUGCCUCGCAGUUCCUAGUUAGCCACCUCCGUCCUUAUCCACGACAACCGAUUUUUUAUCAAUUAUUAACGACGAUCAUACAAAAUCGAAAUGUGAAUGAACCAAUCGUAUUCAUUUCUAAGUUGAAAACGGUUUUUGAACGCAUUACUAAUCCCAACAAUCGUCUCCUAUUACUUGAUUCGUGUCUGCACACGUUUCUUUUCGCGCCGAUAUCGAUGCUGAUGUCGUUCAGCAGCGUUAAACUCUUACAUUAAAUAUCAGGAUGUCGGGAUAAGCAGCGAAAACUACGGCAAUGUACAACAGAAGGCGGUAUAUUUUCCUAUAUGAAUUCGAACAUUCGAAAACGAGAUAAACGAAACUACUUUUAUUUUAAGAGCAUCUAACGACAGAUUUUAACAGAUCUUUACGUAUGAAGUAAAGUAUAUCGUUGGUAUAAUUUAUAUCUUUGUUUCUUGUAACGAUCAUUCGUACCUGUGCCGUUAUUUUUUUGCCGUAUCGCCGUCUUUUUUUGUACAGUAUCGUGUAAGUUGGUGAGGUAAAAGAAUUCGUCAGGGCCUACGCUGUGCUUAUACGAGUUUUUAAUUACAUUUUUGAUCGAGCGAAGAAUACUUCCCCAACGCGCGACGCCACGACGUGGUGUUUGAUCGUUUUGCGCGUCGUAGAUUAGUACUCAGGAUGCGAAACGAGACACAUAGUAUAUUUUGUUGACAGAGAUACCGUGUCCUGAAUAUUUUUGUUGAUAUAAAAGAAAUGGGACGAUGGUCCACCACACACUGUGAAAGAGAGGGAGGGAGAGAAAGUAUGCGAGCGAGAGAGAGAGAGAGAGAGAGAGUGCGAGAGAAAGAGCAAAUGAAACUGAUCUAGUCAGUGUAUUAUCGUCGGCGGCCUUAUCUUUUGUAUGUCGUAGCGCUAAUUACUUAAGUGUUCCAAGGAAAGCGAACAAACAGAACACAGGCGGAUACUACGCAACCUGUUCGAAGAUACGAUACAUCGGUAGUCGUUGAUAAAACGCGAAACGAACGUAACGAACCAUUGGGAAUAACGUUUCAUUGCGAAUGUUCGUCGAAGAACACGCAUGAAAUUCAGAUUGUGAACGACGAUCUAUCGAACGAAUGAAUGCAUGUGAAUAUUUAGAAGCGUAAGAAGUCGUACGUGCUCCUUUGGCUGCCUCGAAAUCGUGUCUCUGUUAUACGGUAAAAUACUUAGUUGUAUAAUUAGAAUUUGUUGACUCGGAGCUUAGCGGGACAAGGAGACGAAUUCGAGAUGGCACGCGGAGCAUAUUAGUUUUUAGUUGCGCUCUUUUACGCGGAUACAGUAUCCUUAUAAGACUUUUGACGAGCACCGAAUUGUUUUCCAUAAUGCCAGACAUUUUUUUCUUUUUAUAAUUUCCUUUAUAUCGUGAGUCAAUCGGCUUAAUCGGUUUAAGUUAUCUUCAACCUCGUGUCACGAUUACAAGUCUGGUUCGUUCUUUAUGAAUUUCUUUUUUAUAUCCUUGAGAGUACUGUGUGUGAGUAACAGAGGAUGAUUUGGGUAGGUACUGUACCGCGCGUCAGCGUGUAAAUCGUUUCGUCGCCCUGGUUGCGGGACGAGUCGAACCAAAUUUCUACUAGAAUAAUAGGCAACUAUACCUUUUUACUUGUCAGAGUUCGUUCACGGGUUCUACUUGAUAAGACUGCGUGUUUGUUAAAUAUGUAUGUAAGUAGUAAGUUGUCGAUAAUUCGCAGUCCCUUCUUCCUUGCCUAACGGAAUGCAUUGUCGACCAGAAGCCAAGAUUUUUUUGUUUCGUCCCAUCGAGUCGAUGCGAAAAUAACGUAGAACAUUUUGACAAAGCUUUUAUUUUCGAGUGUAUCGAUGAUCGACGAAUGUGUCAUUUUAACUGUAGUCUUCCCAGCUAUCGAAACGAAACUCUUGCGUACCUGUUAUUUUUGUAUCGAGUCGAUUAUCAUAGAACGAUGCGUUCUGUUUGAACGCGUCAAUCGGUACCUGAAGAAACAUUGAAGCAAGGACUGCGAAUGGGUUAUUUUUAAUAGUCGCGGACAUAUCAGGAGUGGGCAUAUCCUGAGAGAGUUGGUUGCUGGCGGAAGAUGAUUGUCGAGGAGAAGACAAGAAUUACAUGAAUUUUGACGAACGUUUGACGAACAGAAGCGAAAAAAGAAGGUUAGAGAUUCUGUCUGCGUGCGUGUGUGAGAGAAAAAGAGAGAAAAGAGAUGCUGUGAAAGUGUAACAGAAUACACGAGUAAAAGUACAUCGGACUUGCAAGACCGA